AUGGAUGAAUGUAAUUCUGCCAGGUUUAUUGAAGGAUCCUUGGAGAGUUUACGUUAUGGAGCUUCCUGUUUUGAGGAAUGUGUAGGACGCAGUGCAUCGUACUCCCCCAAAAGAGCUAGAUACAGCUACAGGUAUUCGGCAGUCACCAGCACAUUCCUACAGGGAAGUAUUUACAAAAGCAGUGGCAUCUCUCUGGAGAGCACAGUGAUCGUUGAGGUGCAAGAUGUACAGAUUAAGAAAGUUCUUGCAUCCAGAGAGGAGCCUCUGAAGGAAAUGGACAGUCUAAGGGAAAUACUAGAACAGCAUCCUCUUCAUUUUUCUUUCCGUGAUGGGAAAGUUCUGAAGCUCUGUCCUGUGAGGAGUGAACAGAGGUGGGCACUGAACAUAAAGCGAGGCAUUCUCAGUGUCCUGCAGACGUCACAAGCAACCACUGCCAGUGCAGUUGUUGAAGAGGUGGAUGUUCUGGGAAUAUGCCCAACCAGGUAUCAGCGAAAAGGUCCUAUUCUUGUCAAGACAAGGGACUUAAACCUCUGUUCUCAUCGUAUCUGUUAUUCUCAGUCUGAGCAGCAGAUCCUGUCCUCCAAACUGGAAUGUGUUCAGAGCGUUCAGGAUGGAGUCCUGGCGGAGGCCGAAUGUACUGAGUCCCACCUUGUUACACCAUUCUUUCAGAAGGGCAGUGGGGCAAAGACGCAGACACAGUCUUCACUGAAACUUUUUCAAGUGGAAACAGAUACACUGUACAAAAAAGUGGACUCCAAGAAUCUGUAUGUGACCAGCAUGCUCUAUGAAAAGGAACACACUGAGAGGGAAGUCACUGGAGGGGAAGUGACUGAACUAGUGUGGAAGCUUUGCUUAGCGCAUAGUGUGAGUUUUGAGACUGCAGACCUUUUCAUGACUCUUGUGUUUGAGCUUCGACAUCUUUCUCUUGAGGCCUUAAAAGCAGUAUGGCAAAGAUCUUCAUUUAAAUGCAAAGACAACUGGCAGCCACUCAUAGAUGCUCUCCCAUCUUGUGCUACAGAGGCGUGUGUUGUCCUAAUGAAGGAAAUUAUAGCUUCCAGAGAAGUUGAGGAAGACAAAGUGGAAUACUUUUUCUGGUCAUUUUCAUUCAUUCCUAAACCCACCUCGGGCAUGAUCGAAUCUCUUGCUCCUUUGCUGAAGUCACCAGGAGCAAGCCAGAGCUGCUUCUUAGGAGUAACUGCUCUCUUACACAGGUUUUGUUCAGCUUACAACUCCUGCGAUGAUGUACCUGCUGUGCAGAGUGUGAUGAGGACUCUUGGGAACUUUUUGGGAGGAAACUGUGCCGUGCAAGAUUCAGAAGGCCUCAGCCAGAUGCAACUGGUGUUAAAAGCCAUUGGAAAUGCGGGACUGGCAGCAGCUUCGCUAGCUCCUGUUUUGAGCUUAUGUGCUUCCCUGAAAAGUAAUCCAAUUGAAAUUCGUAUAGCUGCUAUCCAGGCCUUCAGACGCAUUCCCUGUUCUGUCAGGAAUGCUAUAUUAGUCCAGCUGUAUCAAGCAACUAGUGAAGAUGUGGAAAUAAGGAUUGCUGCUUAUUAUAUAGCAAUGAAAUGUCCACAUGAAGAGUUACUUAAAGAAGUACAAAAGACAUUGAUGAAAGAAACAUCCAGUCAAGUGGGGUCCUUCGUUUGGAGUCAUCUCUCUCAGCUCCUAGAGACAGCUGAUCCACUGAAGGAGCACUUUCGAGAUUCUAUUCCUGAUGAAAUUCUUAGCAGAGAUUUUGACCAGGAGACAUGGAAAUACUCCUCAUAUUCCGAUGUCACGUUCCACUCAGCUGGUGCAGGUGCAAAUAUGGAAGCAUCCGUGGUCUUUUCUCCUGCAUCUUUUCUACCACGAUCAGUCAUGACAAAUUUGACUGUUCACCUUAUGGGGCAGGCUAUCAAUCUACUGGAGGUUGGUGUACGAUUAGAGAAUGCUGAAGCUCUUGUGCAGAAGAUUUUGGGGCAGAAGUCUGCUACUUUCAGUGAGAAUUUUUUUGCAAACGCUAAUGAAAGAAACCACAAGUCAGAAAACCCAGUGGAAACAACAGGAAAAGCCAAGCAGAAGAAGCUGACUUCAAAGCAGUACAGCCCCACUUAUCUUGUGACCAAGUCUGGCAAGCCAAAGUUGAGAAAAGCUAAACAGAAUUGUCCUGGUAGAAAGUUCAGUAAGAUGGGAGAGUUAGUCAAAAAGGUAGCUCACUCUUUACAACUUGGAAAAAUUAAUGAUAUUCCCCAGUUAAACUUAGGGCCCCAGCCAGCAUUAGACAACUGCUCUGUAUUACUAACUGUGAGAAAGGAGUGGCUGAAAUGUGAGCUAAGCAUGAAAAUCUUUGGAAAUGAACUCAGCUUCUUGGAUUGUGAAGAUUUAAGAAAACAAAUGAAACAUUCUUUAAAUCUGGCUGAGUUGGCUGUCAAACUUCUGAAGGGGGAAGAAGUCCAGUUUAAUAAAAGGCUGAGUUUGGCCACUGAAGAAUUGCAGUUUCCAGCAAUUUCAGGCUUUCCUGUUCAGCUGGCAGUCAAUGCCUCAGCAGCGAUCAACAUAAAAAUCAAAGGGAAUGCAGCUUUCAAACAACCGUCAAAUUUCUUUCUAAAUGGUUAUAUAAAGCCAAGUGCAUUUGUCCAGCUUUCCGUCCAAAUGGGAACUGUGGGGACUCUGGGACAAGCUGGCCUAAGCUGGUUAACAGGAAUUAGAACAUCUACUAGUCUUGAUGGGGGAAUCCAGGUGAAAAAAGGGCAGGAGCUCAAAGUUUUCUUGAACACUCCAGAAGAAUCUAUGGAGAUAAUUAAUUUCAGCUCUAAACUCUACUUCACGGUGGUGGAUGAGACAGAAGACAUAACUGUUUUCCAAGACCAUGCAGAAACCAGAUCUUGCACGAGGGAGGAAGUGUCUGAGAUUAUUGGCUGGCAGCUGUGUUCUGAAAUGUCAUACCCUAACCCAGCCAGCGGUUUGGUUUUCCUGCUUGCUGGACCUUUGAAAGUGGCUGUCACAUUAACCAAGCAGGACAAAGGCCUGCACCAGUACAUUGUGGAAGCUGCAUAUAACUAUGUUCCUCAGGAGAAUUCAUGGAUCCCAAAUGAAGCUGUCCUUCACUUCUUCAUUGGGACUCCGAAGUCAGACUUGAAAAGGGAUGUUGGUGUUGACCUAAAUUUUAGUGUCCCACAGAAGAAAUUCAGAAUCCAAUUUUUUCAACCUAAGAAGAAAAUUGAGAUUGAUGGGAGAAUUGAGUUAUCUAAAAAUUCACGAAUUGGACACCUGGAGCUGAUAGUAGAUGACCGAGAUGUAUAUUACAUUAAGGGAAUGACAGAUUUGCAGAUGCUGAGUGGAGAGCAGAGGUACAUGACCCAGCUGGAGGUAAAGCUGAUAAAGCAAAGCAGUCCUAUCAUUCUGUCAGGAAACAUCACUAAACAACUUGGCAAGAAGAUAGCUUUUUCAGUGUCCCUGAAUAAUUUAUUGAAGGAUGCUGCAUUUCUUUCAGUAUUUCUGGAGAAAAAGGUUGAUGAUAAGCUGAGACAAUACUCAUUGGAAGGGGAGACCUACCUUCCAGGUGUUCUUGGAGUUCACGCCAUUGGUUUUGUCCAUCAACGUGAGGGCUUGCAGUCUCAUGGCCUGAGGAUAAAAUAUGGACUCCUAGGAGAGGCAAAAAAUCUUCAUCAUGAAUGCGGUAUGCGGCAAAAGAUUAAAGUGGAGACAGGUGUACAUGGCGAGUACAAACUUGAUAUUGGGCAUGAAUAUCACUGUAUGCAGACUCCGACCUAUAAUCACAAGGUUCACCUGAAACACGAAGCAAGUGCAUCUUGGCUUUCCUCCCAGAUGGAAGUGAACUAUGGGGAACACUGGGAUGAAAUAAACAACAAGAAGAAACUGCUGAUCAGCCAAGCAUUUAAGAACAGUUCCAGUUCAUCUCUAGUCAACUAUUUCAUGGAGUUUACCGUGCAAGUCCUGGAAAAACACGUGAAUUAUAGAACCCAGCUGCAGCACUCGCACAACUCUCAGGUUUAUUUGCAGAGCAGCACCAACUUUGAGGUGCAGUAUAAUGACCGCAUGCCAUUUGUGGCUGGACUGCAGUGGAAAGACGCAUCCAGAAAUGGCCUGAAGAAGUGGGAAGGUGGAUUAAAUAUAGACUCCCCAUGGCUAUAUCUGUAUGCAGCUCACAAACUACAUCAGCCUCAGCAUUCUGCUUAUUCGUUGACUAUGGAGCUGACAAGUGGAAAAGUUCUCUCCAUUAAGAAUCUCAUAGUGGAACUAAUCUAUAAAGAUCAAGGUAAUGAAAAGGAAGGGAAAGUUCACAUUUACACGCCAGCUACCACAUACCUGCAGGCAUCCACAUUUAAUCAUCUUGGGAGGAAUGUUCUGCAUAGCUAUAGUGAAAUGAUAUCUCUGUGGAAUCAGCUUGUGAAGAAUGAGAUUCAUUUGGAGAGUAAUGAACGAGCCAAAUUUCUCCUCUUUAUCUUAAAGAGUACAAACCAGGAAUUUAACUUCACAGCCAGCUAUCAGAAUCUACCAGUGCCUAAGAAGACAAACUUUUCUGUGAAAACUGUAUGGAGAGGUUAUAAAAGUCUGCCUGCCAUGCUGCAGUUUGAAGGUCAGAUGGAAGAGCUGAAGAAGGAGAAGAUGCUCUAUCAAAAACGUGGAACCCUCCAUUUCAGGCAUCCUUUUAAACUGCCCAUUCUGCAGAGCUUCCUUCUGCAGGAGACAUUUACUGUUGACAAAAAGCAGAAGCACUACUUCUUGGAAACAAAAGUUUUGAUAAAUGGGGUGGAGGAAACAGUUCAAACUCUUACGCUUGGAUACCAACCUGAAAGCCCCUAUAUAUGUGCUGGCUUAACUCAUCCUUAUAACUACAAGUUGUUGCCCAAAGAUGCUGAAAUUUGCAUUUUAACUCAAAGUCACCAAAAUGUGAAAUAUGAGCUUGAGACUACCUUGAAGGUCAAUAAAGAUGAUGUUCUCAGCUUUCUGGGGAGUUAUCAGGACAAAUCCAGUGAAGCAGAUUUUAGACAUCUUUUACACAUGGAUGUGACACAUUCAUUCCAGCUUGAGUUUCCACAAGCAAUGGACCUAAGUGGGGAGCUGUUUUCCAGGCAGACAAAACCGGAACACUUUGACUACAGUGUGAGUGUAAAAACCAUCAUCAACAAGAAUGUGUCUUCACAGGCCCAGGCAGCCCUAAAGGGUUAUGGUGAGAGCAAUUUCAAUGGCUCUCUUUACCUUCAUUCCAAUGGAAGGGACAUGCUAAUGCUGGAGGUUGAUAUGAACAAUGAAAACAGGAAGAAUGCCAAAGUCGUCGAAUGGAGGGCUUUCCUCCAUCAGACAAUCCUGACAAACCCAGAAUCAAUACAGUUGCAGCUCAUGGGCAAAAUGUUUCCGUCAAGACUUUUGUUAUCUUCUGAGAUGAAGCUUAAUGAAAAUAAGCUUCACGUGGACUUCAUGGGAACCAGGGAGCAGAAAGUUGGUUUUGUUUUGUCCCUAAAUGGAAGAGUCCAACACACAUUUGCUGGAUUACAGGCCAUACCUCAUCAUCUUUCUCUGAAGGGAUUACUGAAGUGCAAAAACAACGUUCAUGAUGGUAACAUCAAUAUGAUGAUCAACAAAACACUGUAUGGACUCCAUCUCAGGAAUAGGAAUGUGUUUGGGAAUACCACCGUACACAAUAUCACUUUCGCUAUGUUUCAGAAUGGCAGUCAGGCAAUCCCAAUGGAAGCAAAACUGAAAGGACACUUGGAGCUCAGUAAAGAGAUGAAAAGGGGGCUAGCUAGCUUCCAGGUGGAUGAGAAAGCCCUUUCUAUAGGAUUUUCCAAUGUCAUGAGUCAUGGGUACAGCAGAGUCUGUGGGACUUUCACACAUAAUAUCAGCUUUUUAAAAAAUGCAGGAUUGCCCUUGGAUGGCAUUCUUACUGCCACGUGUGACCGUGGCACAAGAAAUCAUACCAUUACUGUAGCCCUACAGAGUGGCAGUGAAAGGAUUACUGCUGUGUUUGCAGGUCACAGACUGUCCACAGAGCCUCCUAAAUCCCAGCUAUCUGUGAGUUUAAAGCACAACAUCUCAAAGAUAAAGAAACAUGGGAUCCCUUUUGUUGUGGAAGCUGCUGGCUAUUAUGAGAAUUUCACCCAAAAGUUUGCCACAGGGAUAACAGCCACAGUGGAGAUGGAACAGCUCAAAAUUGAAAUAGAGAAGAAAACCACUGGCAGCGCUAUGGAACUUUCUCUUUCACUUCACCAUGAUGUGGGAGGACUGAUUGACAUUGUUCCACGUGUACUAGAGGUUGCUUGCAGUGGAGAAUCUGCUAACAAACAAUUUUUUGGCCUUUGCAGUGGAGCAAUUACAUUUCAUCAUUUUGAGACUCCAGCAAGAGUUUCAUUGAAUGGGUCAGUGUUUGCCAGCAACUUGACUCUCAUCUUCUUUGGACAUGUUUCUUUUCAUGACAUGUUUGCCUGCCUGCAACUCCAUGCUACCACCAACAUUCAGCCUCAUUUGGAGAUUGACUUCCAGCACUCUUUGCCUUUGCUUCAGUCUCUGGGAAUUGCCAGAGAGAACCAAGUGAAGGUGUCAGCCAUAAGAAAUGACAAGUAUAAGGGCGUGCUUGGUAUUGUCCUUGGGUCUUGCAGUUUAAAAGCUGAUGGAGAAGUGAGCCUGGCAAGCAAUGAAACAGAUACAGAAUGGAUGCUUACUUUUAGAAACAAGUGCGAUAGUCUGGAGAGGAUUGGAUUGCCGCUUGCUGUAGCCUUUGGGGGCUCAUAUCAACAGAACAUCUGCAAUGUUGGCUUGGUAAUGAACCUCCAGAGUGAUGGCAGAACAGUUGAUGUGCAGAUAGAUACUUCCUGCGAACACGAAUAUACACUCCGAGGGAUGCUCAGGCAUUCAGUUCACUGGCUGAGUCAGUUUGGACUGCCUUUUGAAAACUCUGUCUUGUUAUCUGCAGCCACAGACUCCACCACUGAGGGCAUUUUGUUGCUGCAGGCUGGCAAAUGCAAACUUAAGGCUAGAGGAGAUCUCUGUAUUCAGAAUAAAGCUGAAUGGACACUGGAAACAGAAACAGAAUGUCAGCUUCUGCAGGAUCUCAGUAUUCCAACUCAGUCACGGCUCACAGGAUCUAUUCAGAAAGACAAGUGCCAAGCAGAACUUCUCUGUGUCCUUGAAACAGAAGGCAAGACUGCCCAUCUUGAAGUGAGAGCAGAGUGCAACCCAGAGUUUACACUGGAAAUUCAAUUCAGGCAUGACCUUCCUCAACUGAAGGAAUUCCCGAGGGAAAAUAAGCUGUCCAUCACUGCACAGAACCAGUUAAAAUAUCAUAUUGGAAUAGGAAUGAAAUCGGGUGCUUGUGAGAUUCAGAUGAAUGGGGACUUCGACCCUGAAAAGAAGCUUCAGUGGAAAAUGUUUAUAGAAAACAAAUGCCAAACAAUUCAGGGUAUUGGAGCACCAGUAAAAAUUGAUGGUUCAGGCUAUGUUUUGAUGGAUAAAAUGAACCUAGAUUCACAGACAUUGAUCACUGUUGAUGAAAGUAAAUUACAAGGACUCCUUAUACUAAAAGUCACUGAUAUUACAGAAGAACUGAGCUUUGUCCAGAAGCUGGAUGUUUUGUCUCUUCACUACAAAUUUACCCAUAACAUAGAGGCACUGAAGACUUUGCAAAUAGAAGACAGGAUUGAGUUGCAGUUACAAAGCUGCCUUAUCACAAUUUGCCUUUGUUGCACACAGGUUAUCUUGAACCUGAAAGUGAUCAAGAGCUUUAGUAUGAAAGUGCAUUAUGGUGCUCACCUAACAGUUCUCGAAGGGCAAAUCCAGGACUUCGAAACAACUACCAACAUAACUGGGAAUUUCCACCAUACGUGGCCAUGGCUGCUAGAAGCCAGAGUCCCAUCAUCUUUGCAGAUAGGUGUGGUUUUUCAAGGGAGAAACACUACUCAAGAAAGAUACGUGCACAUUGCAGCUGGAGAAACAUCAAUCACGUACAUAAUAAACUCCUAUUAUGUUGGCCACCAAGUGGAUAUCUUUUGCCAAAGUGUACAUAGUAGCGAGGCACUAGAGGCAUCUGGCUACCCUAAGGCAAUCAACUUGAUUCUCAGUUUACAGAAAUCAGAAAACAAAGCCAAGACUAUCGGUGAAAUCCAAUAUGAUGAUAAAGAUAUAACUGUGACUAUGGAUGUUGACACAGACUUUCAGCUCUAUGGUAUAUUUGAAAUAAUGGCUGAGGUGAAGCAUUCAAUAUCAUUUCUCCAUCAUCUGGGGCUUCCCUGCUUUCUUAAGAUAACAAUUCAAGAAGUCCUGACUGAAAAUGAAAUGGAAGGAGCUCUGAGGCUGACCUAUGAACAAAACACAAGCUUCUCCUUUACCUUCAGGAGGAAAAAAGACCAGCAAAGUGAAGAGUUGAAUAUAAAAGCACUCCAGACUCAUCCCUUCUUUCUCCAGUACUUCCCCAGCGCAUCAGAACUAUCUUCUAAGGUAAACUAUGACAUGAGUGAAGCAAAAGGCAACCUCUACCUCAGGAUGGAAAAAGGGGAUUUCAAUGUUACAGCUAAGCUAACUUUCACUGGAAGCAGCUGCACUAAUGUAAUUGAAAUAAUACAGACAACGUCCCAGUUAAAAAUUCUUCCAAAGCAGCUUGUGUUUAUGAUGGUUUACCAAAAAGACAACAGAACACGUAUGCUGAGGCACAUUGCUCUGUGGGAUGGCAAAGAGAUAAAGUUAACGGGCACUUACACUGGACUCUUCCCAAAGUUGCCUGGAGGUCAUGACGUGCAGGUGGAACUUCUCCAUCCUCUUGCCAUCCCUUUCCCAUGGCAUGCCAGAGUCAACUUAUAUGUGAAGCAUUCAGCACGCAGUCACCAGGAUGAUCUUACUGUCAUUUGGAAUGAAAAGGACCAGGUAUCAGUGUCAUCUUCUCUGAAGUUUGGAAGAGACCGUUUGAACUACAGAGCCACUGUUGCCCACCCAUUUAAUUACACUCUGAAGCAACUGGAGGUCCAUUCCCUGUCAGAAAGAAGAGGCAGAAAGUACAACCAGCAGCUGCAGCUCACAGGGAAUGGUGGGCAGCCUGCUGGCAUCCAACUGACUCUGGAGGAUAAAUCAAAGAUGAACAUCACUGCCUGGAAUGGCUGUAUGACACUCUCUUCAGGUCAGCUUCAGAGAGUAUUAAGUAUGGAACACCUGCACGCAUGUGGGUCUCUAGAGCAAAGACCAACAUUUUUUAAUGAAUAUCUAGAUCUGAACUGGGAUGACAAAAAAUUCAAACACAAUUUUACUUACGAGAGAAAUCAAUUAUUGUGGCCUGAUAAAUUUCAGUUAGAAGCUGUUCUGGAAAAUAUUUUCCUGACCCCAUGCACCAAACAGAAGAUUCUGGGUAAAAUAGAAACAAACUACAUGUCUUGCCUGGACAAUUAUAUGAGCUUUGAGUUCUGUGACCUUCCAAAUGUAAUUGUUUUCUCUGGAAAACAUCAGCUCAACAAAGAUGACAUCAUUUUGCAGUCAGAGGGCAGAUUCCACCUUGCUGAUCAUGGGAGAAAUGGGGGGUUGAUUGGAGUGUCCUUAAAAAACCAGAGUACAGAUGAUGUGAAGAACUAUUCCUUGGAAAUUGAAUUAAGAGCCUUUGAAGAUAUUUGGCUAGGCCUGACAGGAACUGCCACCUCCUCGUCUGUUCAGAGCCAAAUCCUGGUGGAGGGGAUUAUUGAUCAGAAAGAGAAAGUAAAAGUAGCUGCUUCUAAAGGAAAUGAGUGUUUUCAGUACUACAUGGGAUACUUGAAAGGGGAUUUGGAAGAAGGAAUGGAAGUCAGUGCUUGUACUGAUGGGCAACAGAUGGCUACUGUUAAUACCUAUCUCAACAUUAAUGGUGAAAGGCAAGAAAACAUGGGACAAAUGACUCUGACAGCUGUUAACGGAAGCUUGAGUUUUCUGUCUCAUGGAUGCGGGGAUCCAGUUCUUAAGGCUGAGGUGAGACCCUUCAGCGGCAGCAGGCUUCAGGUACAAGAUUUGAACAAACUUAAUGAAAUUGGGAGCCUUAUGAAAGCUAAACUGAUGGAGAAGAUUAAGAAGUUUGAUGGAUAUAUGUGGAGAUUCAGGAGAACAGUGCAGCAAGUUGAUUUUCUGUCUGAAGCAGCUGGCUGGCCUUCAAUAGCCUUGCAAAAGGUAGCAAGAUUCCUCCACAGUGUGGGUAGAGCUGUCGCCCAGGUGUGGAAGCGAAGUGGAAUCAGGCAGAUACUGAGAAGCAAGCUCCCGCUUUACCUGGAUAAAAUUCAAGAUAUUGUCCAGCAACUGCAGAAUGAAUUGCAAAAGCCAUUAGCAACUUUGAAGGAUGCCUACUAUGAUGUAACCUUGAAGCCACUGGAUGAAGUUUGGCAAGAGAAGACAGAGGAGUACAUGAAGAAAAUCCAGGCUUUUUUGCCCAGGAUUGUAAAAGAUGUGUGGCUAAUGGAACCAAUCCAGGUGGCAUUAAAGGCUGUGAAAGCAGGCCUGGAUAUGACUACAGAGCAGAUGCUUAGGUGGGCUGAGGCCAUGUUUUCUAGAGCUGUGAGCAAGAUUCGGAAGACCUUACUCAACCUUUACAGUUUCUCAGCCAGGAACUGUUCAGUAGCAGUGAAACUGCCAGUACUUCCUAAAGCAGACCGCUCCCUGGAUCUGGCAAAUAUUACUAAUUAUCUCAUUGAAGAAAAGCUAAUGAGGCCUCUACAAGACCUCUACAAUACCAACAUUAUGGCAGAGUAUUAUAGAUUCAAACGGAGGAUGAUGGAGAGUCCAUUUGAAUAUCAUGCUAUGUUAAUGGGGACCAAGCAUCUUAUGACUUUUGAUGGAAAAAUUUAUGAUUUGGCAUCAAAGUGCAGUGUACUUCUUGCCAAGGAUUUUCUUCGCAAUACUUUCACUGUAAUACUAAAUGAGGAAGUUAACAACUCAAGAUCACUGUAUGUGGAGAUGAACCAGAUGGUAAUCAGUAUCUACCCAAGACUGAAGAUAUCCCAGAUGUAUAACUUUUCCUUUAUGGAAGAGAACUGCCAAGUACUGGACCCAGCCCUUGGAAAGAAUACCACUAAUUCAAGGAGCGAAACUAACAAAAUAGAAGUGUCUAAUCAUAUGGGAGUUUCUGUCUCUUGUGACUUUCAGUAUGACCUCUGUACUGUCACUCUGGCUGGGUGGCACCAUGGUAUUUCAGCUGGGCUCUUUGGUACCAAUGAUAAUGAAGCUGGAAAUGAAUGGAUCCUUCCUAAUCGUUCCUUCACUGACAACAUGCAAGAGUUCACACAGAGCUGGCAGGUGAACAAGUGCAGUCUCGUACAGAAGACAGUGAAGCCCUGUCCAGUUACAGCCAAGCAAAAAGUCUGUAAAGUGUUUUUUGAAGAAUCACGUUCACUUCUUAGGAACUGCUUCAAAGUUGUGGACCCCGCACCAUUCUACAGCAUGUGUACGUACGACACCUGUGAAUCACAGGAGGUGAAGGCUGCCUGCAGUCUAGCAGCAGCUUUUGUUCACUUGUGCAACCGAAAUUUUGUCCCUGUGGAAAUUCCUCCUCAGUGCUUGAGCCAGUUCUGAAUGGCAGACACCAGCCGUGAGGAUGGCAGAACCCUUUCAGCACCCAAAAGAAACAGCUAUUUUAGGUAGACAAGCUAGAAGCAAUAGUAGGGAGGAACAAUGACAGUGUGAAUGAAUUAGUGUUAGGAUUAAAAAUAUAAUGAAGCAUAUAGUAUAAAAGGAAAGCUUUUCACCCAGAAACACCUGAAGGUAAGAGGAAUGAUUUCAGUACAGUGACAAGAAACUAUAAUCAACCAGACAUAGAGGUAUCAGUUACUUUAAAAAAAAAUAAAAUUCUCCUAUUCAGUGGCAAAAUUGCCUCUUCACAAGCCUUGAACCAUAGCACAAAUACAUUUAAAACAUGAUAAAAGGUCUUUUCCAGCUCAGAUUAGUACAAGCAGCCUCCUUUGUGAAAGCAGCAUAUCAGCUUUGAACCUUUACAGAGAUGCUGACUUCUUUUCUUCUCCGGAACUGACACUCAGCUGUUCAGUAAAUUCUGGAGAAAGUGACCUUUUCCCAGGGAAGUGCCCCAACACGCAAGAGGGCUAUGAUAGAAGGAAGAUGUUUAAGCAACUGAAAGCAUUUAAUAAUUUUCUCAUUUUUAUGCUGGUUGAUUUCUCCCUUACUAAUGUGUACUUUGUUAGAUGAGAACCAGCCAUCUUGGUAUCUGUUCACCAGUUUCAUGAUCUCCCCAUGUGUCUUUAGAACCCCUUUCUCAGAAAUCACUUUACAUUUUAGGAAAAGGUGACUGAUACCUGUCCUAUUCAUAAAGUAGUCUUAAGGUGUUAUUGUAAGUCUAUUGAUUAAAAAAAAAUGCAUUACAUUUCUCCACAGUACCAGGAAUGCAAUUAUUCCUUAAUAAAAGGUAACACUGCAAAAUCCUUCAGAUGUCUUUGCAUAAUAUGCAAACAUUGAAAUAAUGGUGCUCUAAACUAUGAAAUAAUGUUAAUAAACAUUUGACUUCCUUAUUUUUAUGUGGGAGUAUAUUUUUACUGAUCAUUCAUAAGAAUAAAGUCGUACUGAUCUUA